GGCCACAUAGUAUGUUGAAGCUUCCCUCUUUUGUGUGUUCUUGGCUGCUCUAGCUGCCUCUGCCAGAAGGGACUCUAAGCUGGAAAGGGAUUUGGGGUAUGAAGAUGGCCAGAGUAUUUUGGGGGAAUGCCUACCAGAUCUCAGUUUGGUCAGCUGUCUAGUUGACCGUGGGGGGUUGGUCUAGAGCCCAAGGGCAGCUCUUCGUGGUGGGUGGAGCUCAGCAUCUGAGGGUGGCAGCAUCCUUUGGUCUCUUUAAGGGCAUAGGAACUCCUUACCUAAGCAUUUAAUGGCCAGUAUGAGGUGGAAGAGGAUACUGAGGAAAGCUAGGUCAUGCCUGGGCCAUGUCUGGGACAUUAAUGGGAACUUUAAAUCCUGUCUGGACCAUUUGUGGGUCACACGGAGGUCAUGUCAGGUUGUCUUGGGGUCCAUGUCAGAGCACAUUGUGUCCUGUCAGUGUGUGUUACACAUGUUGUUUCAUGGCAGGACAUGUUCACACAUGGUGGGGCCAUGUCAGUUGUUACAGGAGAUGUCAGGGGUUCUGGGACAGAUGAGGUGUCCUAGGACUCUGUAAAGGCAUUUUGUGGAGUGCUGACUUGUGUUUGGGUGUUUUGAACAAAUUGGACCAGGUAGGAGCCAUGUCAAUUUAUGGUGGGGUGUUUUUUUUGCCAUGUUAGGGUGCAUCUAUGUAUAUGGGGAUGUGUCUGCAGGCUCUGCCUUUGUUCUGCUCUGUGCUGCAGCCUGGUCUGGCCUCCCCUCACCUCCCCACUUCUCUCUGUUUCCUCUGCUCUUGUUUCCAUUCCUGCCAUGCUGGGCUUGGAGUGGGUAUGGAGACCCCUGGUGGCAGCUUCUAUCCCCCCAAACCAAAGCACUUCCCCUUCCCCUCUUAUGAACCCUGAUGGUCCUCCUUCUUGUCAGCUGCCAUCGCACCCAAGGACAUGGUCUUCUACAGCUUCAUGAAACCCUGGCUGGGGGAUGGGCUCCUGUUGAGUGCUGGUGACAAGUGGGGCAGGCACCGCCGCAUGCUGACACCUGCCUUCCACUUCAACAUCCUGAAGCCCUAUGUGAAGAUUUUCAAUGGCACUGCGAAUGUCAUGCAUGCCAAGUGGAAGCGCCUGGUGUCAGAGGGUAGCAACCAUCUGGACAUGUUUGAACACAUUAGCCUCAUGACCCUGGACAGUCUGCAGAAAUGUGUCUUCAGUUUUGACAGCAAUUGCCAGGAGAAGCCUAGUGAAUAUAUUGCUGCCAUCUUAGAGCUCAGUGCCCUCGUGGCAAAACGGCAUCAGCAGAUCCUCCUGCACACGGACUUCCUGUACUACCUCACUCCAGAUGGACAGCGCUUCCGCAGAGCCUGCCGCCUGGUGCACAACUUCACAGAUGCUGUUAUCCAGGAGCGACGCCGCACUCUCCCCGAUCAGGGUGUUGAUGACUUCCUUGAGGCCAAGGCCAAGACCAAGACUUUGGACUUCAUUGAUGUCCUCCUGCUGACCAAGGAUGAAGAUGGAAAACAAUUGUCAGAUGAGGACAUCCGAGCAGAGGCUGACACCUUCAUGUUUGAAGGCCAUGACACCACAGCCAGUGGCCUCUCCUGGGUCCUGUACAACCUUGCAAAGCACCCAGAAUACCAGGAGCGCUGUCGGCAGGAGGUGCAGGAGCUCCUGAGGGACCGCGAACCUCAAGAGAUUGAAUGGGACGACAUGACCCAGUUGCCCUUCCUGACCAUGUGCAUCAAGGAGAGUCUGCGGUUGCAUCCCUCAGUCACAGUCAUCUCCCGCUGCUGUAGCCAGGACAUUGUGCUCCCAGAUGGCCGGGUCAUCCCCAAAGGUGUUACCUGCCUCAUUAGUAUUUUUGGGACCCACCACAACCCAUCUGUGUGGCCAGACCCUGAGGUAUACAACCCCUUUCGCUUUGACCCAGAAAACAUCAAGGAGAGGUCACCCUUGGCUUUUAUUCCCUUCUCUGCGGGGCCCAGGAACUGCAUUGGGCAGACGUUCGCCAUGACCGAGAUGAAGGUGGUCCUGGCGCUGACGCUGCUGCGCUUCCGGGUCCUGCCGGGCGAGGAGGAGCCGCGCAGGAAGCCGGAGCUGAUCCUGCGCGCGGAGGGCGGACUCUGGCUGCGCGUGGAGCCGCUGAGCGCGGCACCCCGGUGACCCAGACCCUACACGCCUCACUUUGCGGAUUCCUGGGAAUGAAACUGUGCCAUCUCCUCUGUCCGAGCUUCACCGAGAGCCAGCAGGAGGCGCCAGGACCUGUGGGCACGCAGGGAUGGGUGAGGCGGGGUGGAGGGGAGACUGAUGUCUGAGCCCAAGACCCUGACAGCCUUUCCAGCUGACUACAGGCCCCAUGCUGAUUACGGGUUCUCCCAGAAUCAAACCUGUGGUUACUCCAGAUUUCCAAUCAACAGAUAGAAAAUAAAACAAAGAAAAGCAUGCUAAAA